AUGGAAAGCUCAAGCCGCGGCCGGCAGAACCAGUGGAGCUGUUCGAGCUCAGAGUCGGAGUUUUACAGCGUUUCCUCUCCAGACACCGUCUCUCCGGAUCCAUCCGCGGACCGGGGCUUCUCCCCGUCCCGCCGAGCCCGGCCCGCACGCUCAGAAUCAGUCGAACCCGUGGGCGCCGUCAAGAAGAAGCGCAGAUUGAGGCUGAAGAACCCGAGCGAGCAACGGCAGAACGCCAGUGAGAAGGAGAAGCUGAGGAUGAGGGAUCUGACCAAAGCCCUCCACCACCUCAGGACCUACCUGCCUCCGUCCGUAGCUCCCGUAGGCCAGACCCUGACCAAGAUCGAGACGCUCCGGCUCACCAUACGCUACAUCUCGUUCCUGUCUGCUCAGCUGGGUCUCAGUGAAGAAGAGCUGAACCACCGGAAGAACGGGAACCCCGGCGGCUGCUCGUAUUCUCCAGAGAUCGUUGGUUAUUUUCAGUACAGGUCUAUGGCUGGAGACUGGGUCGAGCGAGGGCAUGGUUACGGUCACCAUGAUGGACGGUUUGAGGGUCGCUCUGGUCACACAGGGCAAUGUGAAGAGAUCAGCGUGGAUCAGUAUGGUGCUUCCACACAGCAGCUUUCAACAGAGCAAAACUUCUCUGCAAACGUAGACGGCUUCCUCCAGACACAACAGUGCGCUCAAACUUCACAGACAUACCAGGCUUAUGGCAGAAACUUUGGCUAUCAUCUUGUUCCUCAAGCUUACUGGAGCUGA